AUGGGGUCACUUGGGGGCUUCGGCAUGCCAGGCAUGGGCAACCCUCAGACGGCGGGCAUGAGUGAACAAGAACAACAAAUGGUCAAGAUGAUGCAAAAAGGCAUGGAAUCCUGCGUCGCAAAGUCGGCUCUAGCAGGCGGCAUGGGCUUUGUCCUCGGUGGAGCUUUUGGGUUGUUUAUGUCGAGUAUGGCCUACGACACCCCCCUCUCGGCACAAGGACAACAAAUCACCUCUCUCCCCGUACGCGAACAGCUCCGCCGCGGUCUCAAAGACAUGGGCUCGAAAUCGUACUCGUCCGCCAAAAACUUUGCCAUGAUCGGCGCGAUAUACAGCGGCACCGAGUGCGCGAUCGAAGGGUUCCGAGCGAAGUCGGACUUGACCAAUUCCGUCCUUGCCGGCUGUAUUACCGGUGGUGGUUUGGCGUACAAGGCUGGUCCGCAGGCCGCUGCGCUGGGGUGCGCUGGCUUCGCGGCCUUUUCGACGGCUAUUGAUGCGUACAUGAGGAUGCCGGAGAGUGAUUAA